AUGGUUGCAGUAGCUAAUGGCGCGAUUGUGCACGAUGGCGGCGCCUCAUCCCUGCCCACAACCCUGAGCACACUCCCUGGCCCCAACCACGACUGGAGCGUAACUCUCAAAGACAAAGUCAUUGCCAUCACUGGUGCCAAUCAAGGUAUUGGCCUGGCACUUGCAGAGGUGUGCCUCGCCAACGACGCUGCGUCCGUCUUUAGCUUGGACAUUUCAGUACCCGCGGAGUCAUUCGCGGAUCUGGAAAAGUGUUUCCCGGGCAAGCUAGAGUUUUGGCACUGUGAUGUCACAAAGGAAGAGAGCGUCCAGGCGGCGCUCGAUGCCAUUGUCGCCAAGAAGAAACGCUUCGAUGGCAUGAUUGCCAAUGCUGGAGCCACAAAGCACCAGCCCGCGCUGGACUUUACCAUGGACCAGGUCAAGCGACUGUUUGAGCUAAAUGUUUAUGGCUCGUGGAACUGCGCGACCGCCGCGGCGAGAACAUUCAUCAAGCUCGGAUGCAAAGGCAGCAUUGUCUUCACCGCAAGCAUGACUUCAUAUCGUCCCAACAGAGCUGCCCCGUCGGCCCCCUACGGCGCAACAAAGGGCGCGGUGCGAAACAUGACGCACACUCUGGCCAUGGAGUGGGCACAAUAUGGCAUUCGCGUCAACAGCAUCUCGCCUGGGUUUGUAAAGACGGCAUUGACGUAUUAUAUCGAAAAAGACCCGGAAUGGGGGAAUAAGAUGAAGAAUUAUGGUGGAAUGCCUCGUUUGGCUCUGCCGCAGGAGCUUGGCGGGGCGUACGUGUACCUGCUGAGUGAGACGUCGACGUAUACUACUGGUAUUGAUAUUCCCAUAGCUGGUAUCGUGGGAGCUUGGUAA